GUCGUCUGCUAAAUAAUCAUAUGGUUUUUAAACCUAACCUAAAAUUUGUCUUAAAAUAACUUUUAGUGUCCUUUAAGCAAUAUUUAUAUUUAAAUGAAAUUUCUGAAUUGUUUAUAUAGUUAAAAGCUUACACUGAAAUAAUUGCAAAAGCAGUACAAUAUUAGAUUUUUGAAGGGGAAUUUUAAAUAAAAAAAAAAAAAAAAAAUGAGUAUGAGUCGUCAUUUGCGAGCUUUGAAAUUUAUGAUGCGUAAUUAUUUUAUGCCAAAAGACGUGAAACCACCGUUUCGACAUGUUUGUCAAAUUGGAGAUCCAGUUCUUCGACGGCCAGCUGAAUUAGUAAAGCCAGAAUUAAUUCCUACGAAAGAUAUCAAAAAUAUAAUUUAUAUUCUAAUACAAACUAUGAAAUUAUACGAUGCUGUUGGUUUAUCAGCACCUCAAAUAGGUGUUCCUUUACAAAUUUUUGUUGCUGAACUCACACAAAAACAUUGGAGAGCGGUUGGUCCAACUAAAAGAAAGGCAUUUAAUAUUGAAGUAUUUCCAUUAAAAGUUUUUAUUAAUCCAGUAAUGAAAAUUGUGGAUCACACUAAAUUUACUUCUUCUGAAGGAUGUGUGAGUACAGCACAUUUUGAGGCAGAUGUACCACGUUUUAAAGAAGUUAUAGUGACGGGUCUAAAUCCACUUGGUGAAACUGAAACAUGGCAUGCUAAAGAUUGGGCGGCUAAAAUUGCUCAACACGAAAUAGAUCAUUUAAAAGGACAUUUAUUUACGGACAAAAUGGAUCCAACAACAUUGGCUUUGGUAAAUUGGGAUGUAAUAAAUAGUAAAAGAGGAAGAGUAAAAUUGGCACUACAUCCAUAAUUUACCAUAAUUGAUUAACAACAAAAGAGUUGUAUUUCUAUUGAAUAAGGUGUGAACUCGUUGUUGCUGCGAUGAAUUCUCUAAUUGUCAAGAAACAUGUCCUGGAUGAUGAGCGUUUCUCCAUCUUCUGUCACGAGAUCGAGGAAUUCGUACAUUACCUUAAAAAAAAAAAUGUAAGAUUUUUUUAAUUUCAUAUUUUCAAAAAAUAUUAAGAAAAAUUUAAUCGAAAUUUAAUUUUCUUAAAAAGUUUGGAAUUUGUAGUUUUAUUAAAUAAAAAAGAAAAUUGUAUCUAAAAAGAACCUUCAGAUGAUAUUAAGAAAAAAUAAUUGUCAAUUAAAUAAUAAUCGUGCUAAUAAAAAAAAAAGAAAAAAAAAAUUGUCA